CGAAAAACGACAAAACGAUAUAUUAAAUAUAAAUUAAUAUUUUUUUAACUUUCUGUUCAAAAUAGUCAUACAACUGCUCAAAUAGUUAAAGUUUAUAUCUUAUAAAAUUAAAUCUUUUAUUUUAUUUAUUUUAAUAUAUUUUAUAUCAUAUUAUGUUAUAUGUAUCGGGGUUUAAUUUCUAUUGUAUCCAGUUACUUUACUUGGUGUUACCAUAGUAUGAGGAAUUUCUCCUAAUUUGCCACUGCUCUUGGUAGCCAAGGGAAAGAGAGGGGCAAACAAGGAGUAAAACAGAUGUAGAAAUAAGAUCGAGCACAACAUGGAUUUCAUUGAUGUUGCAAUUAUUGGUGGAGGGCCGGCCGGUUUGACGGCAGCCAACACCUUGGCCCGUCAGCUACACACAGCCGUAGUCUUCGAUUCCAAAACCUACAGGAACGCAGGAGCCGGCCACAUGCACAUGAUUCUUACUUGGGAUCAUAAGAGCCCCGAGGAAUACCGCAACGCAGCUAGGAAGAACAUCCUGGAAAACUACUCAACUAUACAGUUUGCUGACAUUGCCGUUACUCAAAUCACUAAGAAAGGCGCCACCCAUUUCGAAGUCGUUGAUGCUAACGGCAAGACUUGGAAUUUCCUGAAGGUAAUUCUCGCUGUUGGGUCAGCCAAUACUUACCCUAACAUCGAGGGGUAUGAGCAAUUGUGGAAGAAGCGAAUCUUCCACUGUCUGUUCUGCCAUGGCUAUGAGGAUAGGGGUGCUGGAUCCUCGGGUGUCCUUGCCGUCGCCCCAGUUGGCGCCGCCAUUGCUGUCCAUUUGGCACAGAAUGCCGCGCAGCUUACCGGCCAGGCCACUAUCUAUACCGAUGGUAGCGAUGAUUUAGCGGCAGAACUGAAACCCCUCGUCAGUACGCUUGUGGAGUCAAAGUUCAAAGUCGAGACUCGCAAGAUCAAACGACUCCUUCCAAAGGAUCAGUUCAAAUCAGUCCUAGUAGAGUUUGCCGAUGGCUCCAGCAAAGAAGAGAAGUUCCUUGUACACAAUCCAGAGACAAGCCCACAGGGUCCGUUUGUUGACCAACUAGGGCUUACCACUACACCGUCAGGUGACAUUGAGGUGGACGGGCCAUUCUGGCAAACUAAAGUCCCCGGUGUUUUCGCUGUUGGUGACUGCAGCACACCAUAUAAGGUCAUUCCUAGCGCCAUUACAAGUGGGUGCAACGCCGGGGUAAUGGCCAGUGCAGAGAUACAAGCUGUGAAUUUCAUCCGGUUAUAAGCGUCUCAGUUUCUCCUAUAGAAAGACGUUGCUUAUUGAUUCAGCUGACUAUCAUCACAACUUCCACGGCAUAAGAUAAGGCCGGAAGGAUACUCCACAUUGAGAUUCAGGUAGCUUAGGGUAGCUUACGUACCUUCUCAUUUAUAAGGAAUUGUUAUAUGGGAUAUCCCUCAUUAGUUUGCUUGUUCGCUACGUGUAAUUCAUAGCCGUAAAAUAUCCUUAUGUAAGCCCUCAAGGAUACUACCAAUCCUUCAUCUUUUAACUGUAGCUAUAGCACAGAUCUAGUCUUAUUAAGUGG